UUAUUAUUUUGCCGCUAGAUGUCGCUAUACAACGUUGGCUUUGGUUGAUGACUUUGAUAAACUGAAAAUAAGAACGUACAUAACCAGAGACGUUAAAACAGGGUAUUUAAUAGUCACAUAUAUUUACUAAUUUCAGCGUAACUCCUUCAUUUGCAUUUUGCACCUUCGCUGAGCAUCUGCUGGAUAAGCAUUUUUACAACAACAUCGCACUAGAAAUACCAUCGUUAGACUACAAAACAUGCAACAAGAAAUUGAGCAACGUGCUCUAUGUGGACACCUUCUAUCCAUUGGAGCAACGGUGCAUGCCUUGGACCUGGUUUCUUUCGCUGGAAAUGCAGUUCUUUAUAGUGGCCUCCUUGGUGCUACUCCUCGCCGAGAUCCACUCCGCUUAUGCCACGAUAAUUGGUGUGGCCACCUUUGUGAUCUCGAUAUUAGCUUCUGUGGUUUGGGAGUCAGAUCCAGUCACACACACGGAAUUCUCGAUUGGGACAUAUAUGCAAAAUGAACUAGCCGAUUUCAAUUUGGUCUUCGACAAUAUUUGUCUACGUAUUUCACCGUAUAUAAUGGGCAUCUGUGUUGGGUACAUUCUGCAACGGACGCAAUCUAACUUGAAAAUGAAUUUGGUGGUGCUAAUAUGUGGUUGGCUUGCCUAUCUGCUAAUGGCGGGCCUAUUUAUAUUUGGUUACAAAUACGGCUACGACAAACUGCUGCCUAAUGUAACAUAUGGCCGCUGGUGUCAGGCAACACUCUUCACUAUUUCGCAUGUCAUGUGGUCAUUGAUGCUGCUCUGGACAACACUCACAGCCGAAAACUAUCAGGCCUGGCGACCGCUUAGUUUUCUGCUUGAUGGCAGAUACUUGUAUGUUUUGGAGCGUCUCUCUCCGGUUUGCCUGCUUGUGGGUCCGAUCAUAAUUCGGCUGCUGGUAUUCACAGCAGACACACCCAUCUAUAAUUCUGCGGGACAAACAUUUUCAAUAUUUGUGGGAUGCUUGCUGGUGACUUAUUUGAGCGCGCUCUUGCUUCACGUUCUAUUCGAUGGACCGCUUUGUGCGCUUCUUCAGGAAGCAAUUCUAAAAUAACAGAUACAUGUGAACAAAUCUUAAUUAGUUAUUACUGAUAUUGACUAUUAGAAAUUGUGAAAGAAGAAAAUUUAAAAGAAUAUUGCAUACAAUGAGAACCUAUAAUUAACUAGCUGACCCGGCAGUCGUUGCACUGAGUGAAAUUAUUUGUUUUGAAAACAAAGUUGAAUUUGUAUAGUGUUGGAAAACAUUUAUUUGCGAUUUUUCUAAAUUUUUUUUUUUCAAUGUAACGCAGCUUAAUAAACAACAUUAUUUGUUUUC